AUGAAUGAUUUAUUGGCUGGUUAUGUGAAGGUUUAUCUUUUCUAUUCAAAAGAUAGUUUCAUUUUUGAAUUUUUUCCAGGAAGAAAGACCGGUCUUGGAUUCGAAUAAACCGGUUGUCGUCACGUUGGGCAUCGCUUUGCAGCAAAUCAUCAAUUUGGUUCGUUUUAAAUAACAUUUUACAUUUUAUAAGCCUUAUAAAAAACAAAAAUAUUAUUCAUUCAAAAAAAAAAGUUUCAGAACGAGAAAGAAGAGCAAUUGGAAGUGAACGCGUGGCUCAAAUUCGCUUGGCACGACGAAAAUUUGCGUUGGGAGCCGACAAUUUAUGAAAAUGUGACGGAUCUGCGGCAUCCAGCCGAUACACUGUGGCAGCCCGACAUUUUAUUAUACAAUAGGUAAAAUAAAAAUAAGAAAAAUUAAAUAAAAACAAUUUUAAAAAAAUGUCCAAAAAUUUUGAAAAAUUUGAAAUUUUCGCACAAACGCGCUCGACUGAGAAUUAAAGAUUACUGUAGACUAAUUUGCUUAGGAACGCUAGAGUGGUCACUAGGAAGGGAAAAAGGGCCUAUAGUGGACAAAAUAGUGCUCCCUAUAGGGUUAAACUUAAAGUGGUCCCUAUAGGUGAUUCAUAUCAAGGGUUUAGAGCUCAAGUGGUCCCUAUAGUGGUCUUUUAAUUUUUUUUUUUUUGGUUUGGAAAAACGCUAGAGUGAUCCCUAGAGGGACGGCUUAAGAGGCUUCUGUAGAUUUUCCUCAAGGGACCGCUUUACUUCCUUCUUUGGGGAGGAAUGAAGCUUUCAUAAGUGGUCACUUCAGGGGUUUUAGUAAGUGGUCACUCUAGGGGAGAAUUCUAGCGAUAUUUUUAUGACGUUUAUUUUUCAAACAUCGACUUUAGGCAAACAGCAUUCUCCCCCCUAUAUUGGCCACUUUUGCAAGCUUUAGUGCCCAUGUAGAGCGAGGCGAAGUGGUCCUUUAAGGGAACCUCCAAAGGGCCCUAAGAAUGCCCUCUAGUGACCACUCCGGCCUUCCAAAGACCUCAAUAUAAUUUCCAGUGUCGACUCGGAAUUCGACUCAACCUACCGCGUGAACUUGGUCAACUAUCACAAUGGGCUAAUCAAUUGGGUCCCGCCGGGAAUUUUCAAGGUUAUUUUUUUGUCCCAAGUCCCAAGCUCGAUUUCAGGUCUCCUGCAAGUUGGACAUCUACUGGUUCCCGUUCGAUGAACAGACAUGCUUUUUCAAGGUUUUUUUCAUUUUUUUUUUUUGUUUUCUUGAAAUCAAAACUUCAGUUCGGCUCAUGGUCUUUCAGCCGUGACAAGAUUGAGCUUCAAGUUGGAGAUUUCGACUUUUCAGAAUUUAUUCCCAACGGCGAAUGGAUCAUUUUGGGUAAGGGAAACCUUCAGAAAAUACAUUUUUUUAAAAAGGAGAUUUCAAAAAAAUCAUAGUCAAUGUUUCCCGACUUGAAAGGCGAGGGAGGCUUGGCAGGGGGCGGGACGCGUAGCGUGUGCGUACGCGGUUUUUUUGGCACGUGUUCAAUUCAACCGCCAGCGACUAUUUGAAGAGCUCGUUUUUUUCGCUCCUUUCACUCCUUUUUUUAUUAUUUAUUGAUUUUUUUCUAUGUGCGCAUCAAAAAAAUUAGUAGAAAAUACAGAGAAAGAGUGGUGAAGCUUUUAAAAAAAUUAAUUGAAUUGAACUGGCGCCAAAAAAACCGCAAACGCACACGCUACGCGUCACGCCCCUUGCCCCGCCUUCAUCGCCUUUCAAGUCGGGAAACAAUGACUUUAGGUCUACAUCCGAGAAUUCAGAUUAUUUUGUUCCUUACCCCUUAAAACUUGGCAGAAACUGAUUUCAUAAAUAAAACGGAUUUUUUCGGUGAAACUUUACGGAGAUACUUUUUGAUAUUUUUCAAAGCCGAGUCCCGCCCAGGUCCCGAAAAAGUUGGCCCGAAGCCCGGGUUGGUCCAACCUGAAAUUUUCGAUAAGAUGAUUGCCUAGGAAAACGGCUUCGCGCCGCGACGCACUCGCCUUUUUCUUGGCGCGACAUCGCACAUUUCUUGCAGUCACCUCAAAACAAAAAAUUGAGAAUGCGAUGUCGCGAAAAGGGAAAAUACAAGAAUGGCGCGGCUCCAAAACAGCGUUAUCGCAAAUAUACCGCGACCUCGAUUCCGGCAGUUCUUCUUAAUGUCUCGGGCUUCUCUGAUUUUCGUUUAUUCCGGUUUGAGGGGUUGAUAGUUAUGAGUAUAUAACGACACUGAGAAAAACUGCCUAGAUAUACUUGAUGUCGCUGGCAGUACAUUGACGAUAACGCAAAAGCGCUGAGUUGGAGUCGUGAUCCGUAUUUUUGCUAGACGCGACAUCGUGUUUCUCUUGCAAUCAAAAAUAUGAGGAAGACUUUCGCAAUGUAGCCAAUAUACCGCGAUAUCGCAUACAUCUCGCAUGUUUUACUGAAUGUUACCUUCUCCGGAACUGAGAAUAAAUGCCUAGAGGAAAGCGAUUUUGCUGGCGGUCCAUUGACGACAUCGCAAUGGGACUGCUUUGUACUCGUCAUUCGCAUUUUUUCUUGGCGCGACAUCGCGUUUCUCUCGCACUAAAAAAACAUGAGGAAAUGCAAGACUUUCGCAAUGUCGCCGAGGUACCGCGAUAUCGCGUUUAUCUCGCACGUUAUACUGAAUGUUACCUUCUGCGGAACUAAGGAUAAUUGCCUGGAGAAAAGCGAUGUCGCUGGCGGUUAAUCGACGACAACGCAGAAGCGCUGCUUUAUAGCUCUGUUUCGCAUUAUUUUGGCGCGACAUCGCGUUUCUCUCUCACUCAAAAAAUAUGAGGAAGACUUUCGCAAUAUCGCCAAAGUACCGCGAUAUCGCAUUUGUCUCGCACAUUAUACUCAAUUUUACCGUUUUCAGGCCACAAGGCAAACAUCACGGUGAAGCAGUACGAGUGCUGUCCGGAAAAGUACGAAGACGUCACUUUCACGCUUCAUCUUCGCCGUCGGACCCUCUACUACGCCUUCAACCUGAUCAUGCCCGUCAUGUUGACCAUGGUCCUUGUCGUCCUGGGCUUCACCGUCAGUCCGGAAACCUGCGAGAAGAUCGGCCUCCAGGUGAAACAUAUUCUCAGACCUCGGUAACGCGACAAAAACUCGGGACAUCUCUAGGGGUCACUUAAGGGUACUGAUGCCGCUCCGGAGUCCGGACGUUUUUGAGCUGGUCCAGGGAUCCCUUAAGGGUUCUCACGGCGCUCAGGGCGUUUCUGAGCGAUUCUAGGGAUCACUUAAGGGUAUUGCCGCCGCUCCGGACGUUUCUGAGAAGUUCUAGUUGUCACUCAAGGGCUCUGACGCCGCUCCGAAUGUUACUGAAAAUUUCUAGGGGUCACUUAAGGGUACUGGCAAUGCUCCGGACGUUUCUGAGCAAUUCUAGGGAUCACUUAAGAGUUCUUACGCCGCUCCGGACGUUUCUGUACAUUUCUAAGGAUCACUUAAGGGUGCUGACGCCGUUCAGGACGUUUCAGAGCAGUUCUAGUGGUCCUUUAAGGGUACUGACACUGCUCCGGAAGUUUCUGAGCAGUUCUAUGGAUCACUUAAGGGUUUUUACGCCGCUCGAGACGGCUCUGAACGGUUCUAGGGAUCACUUAAGGGUACUGGCACCGUUCCGGACGUUUCUGAGGAUCAAAUUCUUCAAUUCUCAUUGAAACAGCAAACAUGAGCACUUUUUCAGAUCUCCGUUUCUUUAGCGAUCAUGAUUUUUCUGACCAUGAUGCACGCCCAAACGCCUCAGACCUCAGAAGCCGUGCCAUUAUUAGGUUUUUGAGCAAUAAAGUCCCAAAAAAUUUGAGUUUGAGGCGUCUUUUUCCACAUUUGCAACGCGAUUUCCGUCUUGGCCACUUCUUUCACGGUUUACGUGCAAAGUUAUCACUUCCGGAAUCAUCAGGUCCAACAUCGGAUGGGUUUUUGGGUGAGUUUGGAGGAAAAUCUGGCUUUUAAAGAAAAAUAAUGGGAAAAAAAUGAAAAAAAUGCGUCCGUAUUUAAAAGAAUAAAGAAAAAAAUUUGGGAGUUUUCAGAAAUUUUCAGCUUUCCUUCCGAUAUUUCAUGAACUUACUGUUUCAGAAUUCGGUUUUUAUCAAGCUUGAAAAUAUUUUUCUUCAAUUCUGCUAUUGCAUCGAUAAAUUUCAAGGAUUUUUUUGAAAAAAAGAUAAGCUGUUUUCCAUACUAUCCUUUUUCAGUUAAGACUUGCGAUAGAUAAAAAAACAAUGUAAAAAAAAAUCGAACUCUAAACUCAGAUUUCGUUCCAACUUAGCUUAAAAAUACCAUUUUUUGCACCAAAAAAGGCAGAUUUUUCGAUUAGAAACAUGAAAUUUGUGACAUUUUGCAGAUGCGCUACACUUUACUGGAAUGGGCGCCCUGGUUCCUGCGGAUGAAAAUGCCGAAAAGGGAAAACACUCUGGAAACUCUGAAACAGAGCUGGAGCGAGCGGAAACGACGCGAUUCCGACGCCAGAACCGCUUUUGAAUAUGUUUUCUUCGAAUAAAGUCACAGGAAGUUCAAAAAUAAUAAUUUUAGACCGAUGGGACAUCGAAACUGAUGCAAACCAUGGGAACAGCCAUGCAGCAAAACUUUGAGAGCCUCGUUUUUCAUGUCAAACAUGUUCAGGUUGGUCAAUAGAAUUUGAAAAAAAAUGAAAAAAAUAAACCUUUUAAGCUUGAAAAAAUCUUAACAGUCUAUUUGAUUUGAAAAUCCGCUCAAACGCUGUCUCUGUAAUUUUCCAAGUUUUCUCAAAAACACGGCGUUCCCCAACGGUGUGGGGAGACGUCAAAAAAAUUUUGGCGCGAAAUCAAAAUCUUGAAUACGCAGCCAAAUGUAUUGUUCAUGCCGUUGAAUACUCAGUUUAGUUUGCAACGAUAGGUAGCUGUGACGUCACAGUCCUUUUAUCCGAACCGCGCACUUGCUUUUUUUGUAAAUUCAGAAACUUUGACGCCUCCCACACCUUCCCUCAUUCCAUUAGGAAUGCCGUGAAAAGUACAGGAAAAUUUUUUUCUAAUCGAUUCUGAUGAAUUUUCAACCAGUAUCAUCAUAUAAAGUCAGUAUUGGGGACGCAAAUUUUUGAACCAUUUCCUCCAACCGUAACCGCGUUACGGUAGGUUCCUGGGUAUCUAGUUUUCUUUAGGCAAGUUGUAUAUCAAUCGAUAGGUAAUGCAAUUUUAGGCAUUUUUCAGUUUAUAUCAUUUUUGGUUACUGUAGAAAUUUCGAGAUACGGUACUUUUUGUGUUUGCGAUUUUGGUUUCAUGGUCAUUAUGCUCACCAUAGUCAUUUACCGUGGAAGUUUUUUAGAUCAUUAGCUAGGCCUUUAACCUUUUUUUAAUGUCUGAACUUUUGCUGAAAAUUGUUUUGAUCGGAACUACUAUCCAUAAACUUUUUUUUCUGUACCCGUUUUUUUUGAAAAUUACAAAGACGUCGUGUUAAGCUCUUGAUUAACAUUCCUGACAGUUGCUGCAAUUUUCAACUUCGAAGUUUUGUUUUUUUUUUUUUUGAAGUUGGCGUUCAUCACCCGCUCACACCUACGGAUACCCAUGUUUCGUAACUUUUAGAAAAUCAUACUUCAAAAACUAAACGUUUUCACAGGUAGCCACUAUCAAGAAUCUUAAUCUAGAGUUUUUUUCAAGAAUAUUCAAAAUUCAAAGAGUUUUUUUCAAGAAUAUUCAAAACGUGAAGUAAAAUGACUUCGUUGUCAGAAACUCUGGAAAGAUCGUAUUUCUGGUCGUGGGGAAAGCCACGCUUCAAUCCAACCUCUGAUAUUCAAAAAAAAAAAAACUAUUUCAGAGACCCGAAGAAAAUCGAAACGUGGAACGGCUUCGCGUUCUGCAGAAGAUCUACGAGCACGUCAAGGUUUGAGGAAGUGAAGGGAAAAUCCAGGGAAAAUAAAAACUGAGCUUAGCCUUCAAAGGAUAUACUUGAAAUGAACUUCGAACCGCAACUCAAGAGAAGGAAAUGAAGAAAAUGGAAGAAGACUUAACAAAAAGAAGUUGUAGAUGAUCCGAGAGCACGACGACGACUCCGAGGAGGACAGACACGUCGCCUUGGAAUGGAGAUUCGCGGCCAUCGUCGUCGAUCGUCUCGCUCUUUUCGCCUUCACUAUCAUCAUAUGCAUUGCCACUGCAGUUAUUGUCAUCCGUGCACCUUAUUUCUUCGCUUAA